UACCAAAAUAAAAUAUUACAGCCUUACAACUUACAAGUUACAAGCACAAACACAAGCUAAUCCACCGCUCUUCUUCAACCUUUUUUUUAUUUCAUUGUCUGCUCAAAGACCCUAUUGUCUUAUUCUUUUACGAAUUAUGUAUAUUCAGAUGAUGUGAAGGUAAUUAGUUAACCGCCAUUGCACUCUAGCAAAAGCUUCUGUGUUGUUCAUGUUCAACAGGGAUUGAGGUGUUGACAAACUUAGAGAUUGUUUAAUUGAGAGAUGACUCGGAGGGUGAAAAGAAAGUUAUCACAUUUGGGAAAAGGUGUAGAAAAUGUAGAUAGCAAUUCAGCAAUUUCGGAUGGUGGGGGUUUGCAUUUAGAGACUAUUAGUGACCUUGAUUGGACUACAUUCCCGGACGAUGCGGUUAUUCAACUCUUUUCUUAUCUGAAUUAUCGGGAUCGAGCUAGCUUGUCAUCCACUUGUCGAACAUUUAGAAUUAUAGGCUCAUCCCCUUGUUUAUGGGAAUCACUUGACUUGCGGCCUCACAAGUUUGAUAUCGAGACAGCAGUGUCACUUUCUUUCCGAUCCAAAAAUCUCCGGAAGCUUAAGUUUCGUGGGACAGAGUCUGCUGAUGCAAUAAUCCGUCUUCGAGCAAGGGGACUUCGUGAAAUCAGCGGUGAUUCCUGUUGGGAUAUCGCAGAUGCUACUGUUUCAGUUAUAGCAGCACGGCAUGAGAUGCUUGAGAGUAUCCAACUUACAUCAAAUGCCUGUGAAAGAAUUAGUACUGAUGCCAUCAAAGCAAUAGCCCUUUGUUGUCCCAAGUUGAGAAGGCUUCAGCUUUCAGGUGUUAGAGAAGUUAGCUCUGAGGCUAUAAAUUUGCUGGCUAGGCACUGUGGACAUCUGUUGGAUGUUGCAUUCAUGGAAUCAGACGCUGUUGAUGAAGUGGCACUGGGAAACCUGACUUCUGUUCAGUUUCUAUCCGUUGCUGGAACUAGAAACCUGAAAUGGGGCUUAGCAUCAGAAGUUUGGAGUAAAUUACCCAAGUUGGCGGGCUUAGACGUGUCAAGAACAGAUAUAAGUUUGAGUUCAGUCAGAAGACUUUUGUCAUUGUCCGGAAACUUAAAGGUCUUGGUUGUCUUGAACUGCCCAACUUUUGAAUCUGAAGCUAAUAAUGACACGAUACAUGUUCGUAAGGGUAAAAUAUUGCUAACUAUUUUUAAUGAUAAUCUCAAGGCUAUAGCCUCAUUAUUUGCCGAAACUACUCAAAAUGAAGGUAAUACGGUCACUUGUGGGAGGAAGUUAAAGAUCAGAGACAGAAGCAUGGAUGAGAAGGUCUUGUGGAUUGAAUGGGUAAUCUCACAUUCACUCCUGCGUAUCGCAGAGCUCAAUCGUAAGGAGCUUGAUGCUUUCUGGCUGAAGCAAGGUGCAAUUCUAUUGCUUCAUUUAUUGCAAAGUUCAGAGGAAGAUGUGAGAGAAAGAGCAGCUGCUGCAAUUGCAACUUUUGUUAUCAUUGAUGAUGAAAAUGCCCCCAUUGAUUCUCGAAGGGCUGAGGCAGUCAUGCAAAAUGGUGGAAUACAGUUGCUUUUAGACUCUGCAGAAUCUUUUAAAGAGGGACUACAGUCUGAGGCAGCAAAGGCCAUAGCAAAUUUAUCGGUUGAUUCAAAAGUAGCAAAGGCUGUUGCUGAAAUAGGAGGAAUCAAGAUCCUUUCCAAUUUAGCUAGGUCAUUGAAUAGGAUGGUUGCUGAGGAGGCUGCUGGGGGACUAUGGAAUCUUUCUGUUGGAGAAGAACACAAGGGUGCCAUUGUUGAAGCUGGCGGUAUAAAAGCUUUGGUCGACCUCAUUUAUAAAUGGCCCUCCAGCAGUGAUGGCGUUCUUGAGCGUGCAGCUGGGGCAUUGGCAAAUUUGGCAAGUGAUGACAAAUGUAGCUUGGAAGUUGUAAUAGCAGGCGGUGUCCAUGCUCUGGUGAUGCUUGCUAAAUCCUGCAAAUUUGAAGGCGUUCAGGAGCAGGCUGCGCGUGCAUUAGCAAAUUUGGCUGCUCCUGGAGAUAGCAAUGAUAAUAAUACAGCUGUUGGGAAAGAGGCAGGUGCACUUGAAGCAUUGGUCCAACUCACAUAUUCUCAACAUGAAGGUUUAAGGCAUGAGGCUGCUGGUGCUCUGUGGAAUCUAUCAUUUGAUGACGAAAAUCGAGAAGCAAUAGCAGCAGCCGGUGGCAUUGUGGCCUUGGUCUCUCUGGCACAAUCUUGCUCAAAUUCCUCCCAAGGUCUUCAAGAACGGGCUGCAGGUGCUCUCUGGGGAUUGUCGGUGUCAGAAGCUAUCAGUGUUGCUAUUGGACAAGCUGGUGGUGUAGCUCCACUCAUUGCAUUAGCAUGCUCAGAUGUCACAGAUGUCCAUGAGACAGCAGCAGGUGCUCUUUGGAAUUUGGCCUUUAAUCCCGGUAAUGCACUUCGCAUUGUAGAGGAUGGCGGAGUUCCUGUCCUUAUACGUCUUUGCACUUCAUCACCAUCAAAAAUGGCACGUUUCAUGGCUGCAUUGGCAUUAGCAUAUGUGUUUGAUGGAAGAAUGAAUGACAUUGAACAAGCGGCCCCCUCAGAGGGUGUUUUGAAGAGUCUGGACAUAGAUAGAGUUAAAAAAAUUGCCCUAAGGCACAUUCAAUCAUUUGUUCAUUCAUUUUCUACUUCGCAAACUUUUGCCACUGUUGUUUCAUCGUCAACUCGGACCACUCUCACACGAGUAGCAGAAGCAGCACGCAUACCAGAAGCUGGGCUUCUGAGAUGCAGUGCGGAUGAGAUUGGAAGAUUUGUUGCCAUGUUACGUAAUCAAUCUUCUAUACUGAAGGCCUGUUCUGCUUUUGCUCUUCUCCAGUUUACUAUGCCCGGAGGACGACAUUCAGGGCACCAUGCAAGUCUGUUGCAUGAUGCAGGGGCGUCAAGGAUCUUAAGAGCUACUGCUGCCGCGGCAACAGCUCCAAUUGAAACCAAAGUUUUUGCAAAAAUUUUGCUUCGGAACCUUGAACACAAUCAUUCGGAAGCAAGCUAAAAUCUUAAAACAGUUCGAUUCCAAAUUAUUUGCAGUUGCACCACAGUUUAUAGCGUUUUAAGAAUUUUUGCUGGCGUGUAGACGUCGAGGUAAUUCCGAAUGUAGCAGAGCAUAGAUUGCAGCAAGUUCUGCCGAAAGAAGUUUAGUUCCGACAGCUGAUGAAGCACCUAAACAAAUCGAUCUGCGAGCAGCCUACAAAAGCUGAGAAAAUCAUGUACAUGUCCAGUUUUGAAUUUCUUUUAACUGUAUUUGCAGUACUUAUAUAGCAUUCACUUCUCUUUUAAUAUUCUUAGACUGUAGGGUUCCAGGCUUUGGCUCUGCAGUCUUUAUAAAUGAAAUAAGUGAAAACUGAAAGAUUGUAAA